AUGGAAACACCUGUAAAAGUUAAAUCAAGUUCUGAAUGGUCAAAACCUGAUGAUAAGGAACCUAUAUCAAAGAGCAGAUGGGAUGAAUCUCCCAGAGCAAUGGAUGAAGGUACUAGUUUAGAGACUUAUCACAAAGGACAUAG